CACACCCAAAAGUCCCCCAACAAUCCCCCCUGUCCCCUCUCUCUCUCUCUCCAAAGUCUCUGAGUUCAGUUCCGUUUCCUCAGCCAAAACCUAGUUUCAAUCAUGUCGAUCUCUUCUUCCUUUCGAAUAUUACCCCCCAAAAUCCCCCUCCUUCUCCAACCAAAAUUCCCAAUUCUUAAAACCCUAAUAGUCCAAUCAGCAAAAUUCCCCACCAAUUUAUCUCUCUAUUCAUCAAUCUCAAUCCAGAAACUACCCACCACAAAACUUUCAUCAUCACCAUCUUCAAAUACUUCCACUUCUCUUCAACCCAUUGAAGAACUUCCACAAAACCUCCAAGAUAUCAUAAAACUUUUCCAAACAGUAGAAGAACCAAAGAAAAAGUAUGAACAGCUCUUAUUCUAUGGAAAAAAGCUUACACCAUUAGAUAAAAGAUACAAAACAGAAGAAAAUAAAGUUAAAGGUUGUGUUUCGCAAGUGUGGGUGAGAGCUUAUUUAGAUUCAAGCAAAGAGAACGUAUUAUUUGAAGCUGAUUCUGAUUCAGUUCUUACUAAAGGUCUUGCUGCUUUACUUAUUCAAGGUCUUUCUGGUUUACCAGUUCCUCAGAUUUUGAAAGUUACUCCUGAUUUUGUUACUUUACUUGGUCUUAACCAGAGUCUUACUCCUUCUAGAAACAAUGGGUUCUUGAAUAUGUUGAGAUUAAUGCAGAAUAAAGCUUUACAGUUGUACAUAGAAUCUCAAAAACAAGAGAGCAGCAGUUCUGUAAAUAGUGCUGAAUUGGGUAGUGAAAAUCAGAUGGAGAACAGCGAAAUUGAGGUUGAGGAGUUGAAGACUGAACAAGUGGGAAGUGAAGACAAGACAAAUGGGAGUGUGGGUUUGAAGAGUAGAGGAGAAAGAAUAAAGGAGAAAUUGGCAAAAGAACUUGCUCCUGUUGAAUUGGAGAUUGAAGAUAUUUCUUAUCAGCAUGCUGGUCAUGCUGGUGUUAGAGGGAAUGCUAAUGGUGAGACACAUUUUAAUGUUAGAGUUGUAUCUAAGGAGUUCGAUGGCAAGAGUUUGGUGAAACGGCAUCGACUUGUUUAUGAUCUUUUGCAAGAGGAGUUGCAAAGUGGCUUGCACGCAUUAUCAAUUGUUGCAAAAACACCAGCUGAAGUUAGUGGCAAAUGAAAUGGAAAAACACAAAAAAGGUUCUAUUUUUAAUGUUCUCCAUAUCUAAUAAUUUAUUAUACUCGACUUACAAAUAUGAUACAUUUUGAACAAUUAUAUUUUGAAUGCGAAAGUGAGUUAUAAGUAAUUUUCUUGCUAAUUUGUGUGUCAUUUGCUUUUUUAUUGAUUACUAUGUUUGGUUCUGUAAGUGUUGUUCAUUAUUCACAGUCAAUAAGCUUUUGCUUUAGUUCCGACCA